AUGAACUGGGCCCUGAGCUGCCAGUACAACGGUGUCCAGGGAAAGACAACAGCGGACGACACAAUCCUGAUCCUUCUGGAGCACCGAAAGGAGGAGACCAGAGCCAAGCAGGACUUCUACCACUGGAGGGUCUUUGUUCCAGGCCCGCCCAACUACGUGCACAUCCCCAGCUACCGCCCUCCUGUCCCGUGAAACCCUAACCUCCCUGAGUGGAAUGGCUACAUCCCGGGAUUCCCGAUUCUCAUCAACAUUAAGGCCACCAUGUUCCUGAACUCAAAUCUCCGCUACUCCUUCAUCAAGACGGCCUCCUUCUUUAUCCGCUUGAGCCCCAUGGCACUGGGGUUCAAACUCCGCGGCCUAGUGGACUGCAAACGGUCGUGGAAGAGACUGAAGCAUAUCAAGAAAAUUUUCCCUGCCAACAAGCCUGUCGUCUUCGAGUACGUGGCGGAGCACUGGGCAGAGGGCAGCUUCUUUGGGUACCAGUACCUCAAUGGCAUCAACCCAGGCUUGCUCCGCCGCUGCACGCGGAUCCCAGACAAGUUCCCCGUCACAGACGAAGUGGCCCCGUUCCUGGGCGAGGGAACGGGCCUGCAAGCGGAGCUGGAGAAGGGGAACAUUUACCUGGCAGACUACCGCAUCAUGGAGGGCAUUCCCAGCAUUGAACUCAACGGCCAGAAGCAGUACCACUGCGCCCCGCUCUGCCUGCUGCACUUUGGCCCGGAAGGGAACCUGAUGCCCAUCCCCAUCCAGCUCAGCCAGACCCCAGGGCCUGACUGCCCUAUCUUCCUGCCCAGUGACUCCGAGUGGGACUGGCUGACGGCCAAGACGUGGGUGCACUAUGCCAAGUUCCACUGUCACGAGGCCAUCACCCACCUGCUGGAGACCCACCGCAUCGCUGAGGCCUUCUGCCUGGCCAUGCUGAGGCAGCUUCCCAUGUGCCACCCCCUCUACAAGGUAUGGGUUGGGCCAAGGGACCUCUAUGAAGGACUUGCAGGGACCCUGUGGCUCCAGGGUCUGCCUUGUCCCUAACAGAGCACGUCCCUGGCCCUGGCGGGUUCUGCCGAGGUGAUGGUGUGGGCUCUGGCCGAGAUCACCUAUGAUGACCUCUAUCUCCCCAAUGACUUCGUGAAACAUGGGGUUCAGGACCUGCCGGGAUAUUAUUACCGUGAGGACAGCUUGGCAGUGUGGGAUGCACUGGAGGGGUAUGUGACAGAGAUCAUCACCUACUAUUACCCGUGCGAUGCAGCUGUAGAGGGUGACUCGGAAUUGCAGUCCUGGGGGCAGGGGAUCAAGGAGUGCCUACUAGGGCGUGCGAGCUCAGGCUUCCCCACGUGCUUGCGAACCGUGCCUGAGCUAAUCCGAUGUGUCACCAUCGUCAUCUACACCUGCUCUGCCAAACACGCAGCUGUCAACACAGGGCAGCUGGAGUUCACCGCCUGGAUGCCCAACUUCCCGUCAUCCAUGCAGAACCCACCACUACAGGCCAAGGGGCUGACCACGCUGGAGACCUUCCUGGACACGUUGCCGGAUGUGAAGACCACAUGCAUCAUCCUAUUGGUGCUUUGGAUACUCAGCUGGGAGCCCGACGACAAGCGGCCCCUGGGCCACUUCCCCGACAUCCACUUCGUGGAGGAGACCCCGCGGAGGAGCACGGAGACCUUCCGCCAGCGCCUGGCCCAGAUCUCACACAACAUCCACCCGCGCAACAAGUGCCUCCCCAUCCCCUACUACUACCUGGACCCCGUGCUGAUUGAGAGCAGCAUUUCUAUCUAG